AUGAGUGAGUCAAUAAUUAAAAGUAUUACAGAACAUGGAAGUGAUGAUUAUAAAGCAUAUUUAGAAGAACAACAUAUAAAAGAAGAAAAAGAAGAACAAGAAAAUAAGAAAUUAAAAGAGACAUUAGAAGAAAUAUCAGAAAGGGUACGUAAAGAAAAUAUUCAAUUCAUGAAAAAGAGAGAACAAAACCAAAAAAAGCGUUUAAGAAAAAAAAGGUCAUUAAAGAAAAAAAGAGAAAUUUUAAAACAAUUAAAAAAAGACAAACAACAACAAUCUAAAUUAAUUGGAACAGAAUAA